AUGGGCCUCAGGGCCCCACCCCACUGGCUGGUGCUGUCCUACAGUGGCACCUGCACAGGGCGCCAGGCGGGCGGGGAUCCCACUUUCACUCUCGUGCCCCACGGGUGCCACCAGCAGGGAGCCCAGGUCUUCAUCUGGACCCCCGCCCCCGUCCCAGCUUCCUGGGGUCACGGCCAGUUCUUUCUGGGGAAGGGGCAGAGGCCCCCACUGCUGUCGCUCUGGCUGCCCCUGGUGUCCCUGUGGGGCUUCGUCUGCAGGAGUCAUGUGACCCGUGAGUACCUCUGGAAAGACGCGAUUGCGGCUGCGUCUCGGGUUUCUGGGCUGCUGGGUCGGUUGCGGCCCCAGAUGGCGCGGCCCCUGUCGAGUGGCGCCCACGGCGAGGAGGGCUCCGCUCGCCUGUGGAAGGCCCUCGCCUACUUCGUGGCGCCCCCCGGGGCGGGUGUGAGCAUGCUGAACGUCCUUCUCAAGUCGCACCAUGGGGAGCGCGAGGAGUUCAUCGCCUGCCCCCGCCUCCGCAUCCGGACCAAGCCCUUCCCCUGGGGAGAUGGUCACCGUACCCUAUUCCAUAACCCUCAUCUGACCCCGCUGCCACCCGGCUAUGAAGACGAAUAAACAGAACCUGGACCACUGCCCAGUGGGACCACAGCACUGGUCUGGACCAUACUCUGCACACGGACCGGAAAAGUGUAUGGGACCUUAAGCUGACUUCUUUCCUACUGUACAAUGAUGACUAUAGGGUGCACGGAUCUUCCGUCUCUUUGCUUAUGGCAGGAAAUGGCUU